AAGAAAUGGCGCUUCGUUUUCUACAUUUGUGCAUAAUUUUCGGGCAGAUUUUGUAUGUGCUGAAUUGUCGGUUUGAAUUCAGUGUCAAUUCUCGAGCUUUGGUAUAUAAAAAUGUUCAUAUGUUAAAGUGAUCAUAGAGCAUUAGCAUUGUAAAAGUUUAUAAGACAAAGUAAUUUUUUCACAAAUUUUCGUGGAAAUAAUAAAGUAAAGUUACUUAAGUAUAAAUAAGUUAGUAAUAAUAAGACGUGGUGGCUGUCAAGACUAUAGUAAAUUUCGAUAGAUUUGUGCAUCAGUCAGGCCUUUCCGGAAUAGUUAAGUUUCACUUCAGUGCUAAUACGAGUAUUCUAUUGACCCCACUCUAAUAAUAAAAAUCCAACGACAAAUAAGUGCAAAAGUAUACUAUAUAUACAGAUUUGAUAACAAAUAAAUUGAUGAAUAAGCGUAAUUAAAUUUAAAAAAUAAGACAUUUACUAAUUCAAGUGCAAUAAAGUCAACAGUUUCGUAUACGGUUUGCUUUAAAUCGUGGAGAAUGGCGCAUCGUUUCAUAUUUUUGCCCAUUUUGUGUGGACUUCUGUUGUAUACAGUGAAUUGUUUGACAACUAACGAAACUAGCCCCAAUGUUGCGCCAUUUCUAUGUGAUGAUGAUUUAUUGAAAAGCGCGGUCACCAAGGUGGAGCAACUUAGUUUCAAAUUGGAAAAUUAUGAUCUACGCUUGCAAAGUGAAUUAAUGGCAAUGAAGGAGCAACUUCUACGUGAACAGAAAACCAACCAGGAGUUAUUUGAAUUGAAAAUUACAGCAACCAUCCGUACAUUAAUCGAACAAAGUAUGAAAUUGUAUUCAAUUAAAGAAGAAAACAAAAAUUUGGAAGCAGCUCACCCUGUCAUCAAGAAGUCUUCAUCUUGUACUGAAGCUAUGCGUCAGGCAAACGGCAAAUAUGCAGCGAGCGGCGUUUAUGAAAUAGACUUGCCACAAUUCCUCCAACACCCUUUCCAAGUGUACUGCCUUCGAGAUCCCGCUGGCGGCCAACCAUGGACUAUAAUUCAACGUCGACAAAGCAACGACAUCGACUUCCAUCGUGGAUGGCUUGAGUAUGAACACGGUUUCGGCGAUUUGAAUGGAAAUUUCUUCCUUGGCUUGGAUAAAAUACAUGCGCUGUCACACUCGCAAACACAUGAACUCCGGUUUGAAUUAGAGGAUUUUCAGAAUGAAAAACGUGUUGCAAAUUAUGAUAGUUUCGCCAUUGGCAAUGCACAGGAUAAAUAUGAGUUGAGUGUUCUGGGUCAAUAUUCAGGCACAGCAGGUGAUUCGUUCUCUUAUCACUAUGGUGAAAAAUUCACCACAAAAGAUAGUGAUAAUGACAAAGACGGUGGAAAUUGUGCAGUUAAAUAUACGGGAGCUUGGUGGUAUAAGAGUUGUCAUCGCAGCAAUCUGAACGGUCUAUAUUUGGGUGGAGAAGUUCCGAGAGUUCAGUAUGGUAAAGGUCUGGUGUGGUAUGUCUGGCAUGGAGAUCUUUACUCAUUGAAAUAUAUACAUAUGGCAAUAAGGCCAAAGUAUUAUUACUGAAAAUGUGUUCCUAAUAAAUAAAAGUACUUCUAUAGCAUUCCUUUUUAAAUAUA